AUGACAAUCUCCUAUAUAGCAUCCGGUCAACUAUCUCAGACCGACUUCUUAGGGUUCAAGCACUCCGAGUCCGUCACCUGGGUUGGCUUGUGGAGCCCAUUCCUGCGGCAUUUCGCGCUUGAAGAGUAUUGGGCCUAUCUUUGGACGAAGGAAGGCCGCAUGGCGUCACUCAUGCUAGUUGUUGUCGUCAUUGGUCGGGUUGUUUGCACCGUUGCUCUAAUCGAGGCUUUCGAUUCGGCAAGUCCCGUGACUUAUGUUUUCCCGCAGCGCCGCGCCCGAGGCCUCGUGGGGGCUAUUGAUGCUGUCUGGUUUGCGCUAUCUGGCGUUAGACCACCGUUCGUCAUCGGCAGAGAUGUGAAGAAGCUUGGCGUAAGGCAAGACAGAUCGACAAGCUCUGCCGAGAAGCCUUCGUGGGCUUCUAUUGCCCAGACCGUCUGCACGUUCGUGCGCGUUGAUGCCUUACCCCAUUCUGCUGCGUCUCUCGAAACUUCUCGGCGCGCUCCUUACGGGGUGCCCGAUUUGCCUACGGCGAGCCUUCAAUUAGAAGAUUCGAAACGUCUGCAGCUAUCUAUGCUCGGUGAGAUCUCAUCACCUAACUCCGGAAUGUUCAUCAUGGCCGGACACCAGGUGUUCCUCGAGGUACUGACGUCCUCUAAGGCAGGCGCAUUUGCGGGCUCCGAGUCUUAUGCUCCCCCGACUAACGCAAUUCUGUGA